AUCCCUUUACGUCUUCACAGCCCUAUUCUUUUCUCCUUCAUAACAAUGGCGACAACAGCUGCAACUACGUAUGCCUUUCUCUUCUGUCUCAUUUUCUCUCAGACGUAUUCAACAAGUAACAUCUCCGGUGAAUUUCGUGUAGAGAAAUCGCCACCUAGUAGGACAGAGGAGGAGAUCAGGAGUACGUACGAGUUGUGGCUGCUCCGCCAUGGAAAAGCGUAUAAUGCGUUGGGAGAGAAGGAGAAGAGGUUUCAGAUCUUCAAGGAUAACCUCAGGUUCAUCGAUGAACACAAUUCUUCCGGCAACCGGACUUACAAGGUCGGGUUAAACCAGUUUGCUGACGUCACCAACGAGGAGUAUCGUUCCAUGUAUUUAGGCACGAAAUCUGAUCCUAAUCGUCGGAUUGCUAAGGUGAAGAGAGGUGGGAUUAGCCAACGGUAUGCGGUUCAGGAAAACGAGAUGUUGCCGGUGGAAGUUGACUGGAGAAGAAGUGGCGCCGUUGCUCCGAUCAAAAAUCAAGGAAGCUGCGGGAGCUGUUGGGCGUUCUCAACCGUUGCGGCGGUGGAGGGAAUCAACAAAAUAGUCACUGGCGAUCUGAUUAGCUUGUCGGAGCAAGAGCUUGUUGACUGUGACAAUAAAUACAACAGCGGUUGCAAUGGCGGGACGAUGGAUUACGCCUUCGAGUUCAUCGUUUCUAAUGGCGGAAUUGACACCGAAUCUGACUAUCCUUACAAAGGUGUAGGCGAUAAAUGCGACCCGAUUCGAAAUAAGGCAAAAAUUGUUAGCAUAGAUGGGUAUGAAGAUGUUCCGCCUAUGAACGAGAAAGCUUUGAUGAAAGCAGUAGCUCAUCAACCCGUUAGUGUCGGAAUCGAAGCUUCUGGAAUGGCUUUUCAGUUAUACACAGAGGGUGUAUUUACGGGUAAAUGUGGGACUUCAUUGGACCAUGGUGUGGUUGUGGUGGGAUAUGGUUCCGAAAAUGGGAAGGACUAUUGGCUUGUUAGGAACUCAUGGGGGACAAAUUGGGGCGAGGAUGGCUACUUUAAGAUGGAGCGUAACGUGGUUGGGACACGCAGUGAACCAUUGAGGCUCACGACUGAUACCGAGGAUUUUGUUCGAUCUAUAAUGGCUUCAGAAUCCAACUCAUCAUCAUCUCAACCUCCAACAGAAGUUACCAAUGAUAAAACUUCUACAACCACCAUCUCUGAGCCGACUAAUAAUGCUACAACUGAACCAUCUUCCAUGGAAACUCCACCUGUCAUAUCAUCCUCAGAUGCAGUUCCAAAUUUCCCCAAACCCACAACACCACGACAAAACACUUCACAAUCCCAAAGUCACAACACUGGAAAGUGGGCCAUUGCACGAAUCGCCAGUGGGUUUGGUUUGCAAUUUUCUUCAAAAUCCUCUGCUCCAAAUGACAAUUCUACCCUAUCUCCAUCUGCAUCUUCACCUUCAGCUGUUCUUCAAUCUGUUGGAAAAGGUUUAGUUGACGCAUCUUUGGGUGCAGUGAAAGUAGUUCAAGUUAGAGCACGCCAUAUGGUCUCCCAAAACAAACGAAGAUACCAAGAAGGAGGGUUUGACUUAGAUUUGACUUAUAUCACUGAUAACAUAAUCGCAAUGGGGUUUCCAGCUGGCGAUAUGAGUUCUGGUCUUUUUGGUUAUUUUGAGGGAUUCUACAGGAAUCAUAUGGAAGAAGUGAUCAAAUUCUUUGAAACUCAUCAUAAGGAUAGAUACAAAGUGUAUAAUCUUUGUUCAGAAAGACUCUACGAUGCUUCACUAUUUGCAGGAAAGGUUGCAUCUUUUCCAUUUAAUGACCAUAAUUGCCCUCCAAUUCACUUAAUACCAUUAUUUUGUCAAAGUGCUUACUCAUGGUUAAAGGAGGACAUUCUGAAUGUUGUGGUUGUUCAUUGUAAAGCUGGAAAAGCAAGAACUGGUUUAAUGAUUUGUAGUCUUCUUUUAUUUCUAAAAUUUUUCCCAACAUCAGAAGAAUGUAUCGAGUACUAUAACCAAAGAAGAUGUGUAGAUGGGAAAGGAUUAAUACUUCCAAGCCAAAUUCGAUAUGUAAGCUACUUUGAGCGGAUCUUGAGAGAUUUUAAUGGCGAAAGUCCACCUGGCAGGAGGUGUAUGCUAAGGGGAUUCCGGCUUCAUGAAUGCCCUUAUUGGGUCAGACCUUCAUUGACCAUAUCUGAUCAUAAUGGGAUUCUAUUUACAACAAGAAAGCAUCCAAAAACAAAGAAUCUUAUGCCAGAAGAUUUUUGGAUCCGUGCACCGAAAAAAGGGAUUGUGGUUUUCGCGCUGCCCGGGGAGCGUGGGCUGACCGAGCUGACCGGUGACUUCAAGAUCCAAUUUCAUGACAGACAAGGAGAUUUUUAUUGUUGGCUAAAUACAACAAUGAUGGAGAACAGAGUACUUUUGCAGGGUUCUGAUUUGGAUGAUUUUGAUAAGAGAAAGUUGCCGGUUCCGGGGUUUAAAGUGGAGAUAGUAAUGAUCGAUUACGAUGGUACGAUUCCGGAGAAGUACAAAUCCAGUGACAAACCGAUGUUAAUAAGCUCCAAUGAUUCCUCACCUUCAUACAACAAUCCUUCCAAUUCCACCCGGAAUAAGGAUUCCGAUGAGAAUGUGUUUUCCGACAGUGAUGAUGAUGAUGAUCAAAAGGACGAGGACAAAUCUACUGUUUCUACCACACUGCCACCUGGCAAAAUAGAAUCAGAAAAAACAUCUUUGAACAAAAACACCCAACAACUUUCCUUAAAUAGCAAGCCCACACUUGUAAAAAAUGAGGCUGACAAACCCAUUCCAAAUUUGAAUCCCGGUGAUAUUAAGGCCAUUGCUGCUGAUGCUUCCGUUUUUUCAUUUGGAGAUGAUGAAGACGAUUUAAGCGAUUGAUUUUUUUUUUUUUUUUUUUUUUUUUUGUUUAAUGAUGUUGUCAAA